CUCAGUUUUAUGAAAGCCAGUUUUAUUCCGUUUUACUCUAUUCUAAUUCUAGAAGACUAGAUGUUUAGAGCUUCCUUAAAUAUAAUUUAUGUGACUAUCAUAGCUCCAGAAACAUGUGCUGAGGAGCAGCCUCAGGACGGCUCUUCCUGUAACCAUCAUCGUCGCUCUCAACCUGAGACCUGCAGCCCUGUGGAGUCAUCUGGAAAAUCCAUUCCUUUCCUCAGGUCACUCCGCAACCGCAGCAAGUCUGUCGGUUAUAGUGGAGCCUCAACCAAACCCAGCAAGCUCCAUGGGCAUCACCCAAUGACCUGGUGCCAUCCAUCCCAACAGCAGCAGCAGCAACCUCUGCUGUACAGCUCCAGCAAACGCACCCAUGCCCGAGCAAGAGCCCGUGAGACUGCAUCAACUUCCAGAAGUAACCAUGACAGAGAAUUACAGCCCGGGCCAGCUGUUCCUCCUGGGGGUUUUAUGCCUGUUCCUCAAAGACAUGAACACCAUCAUCAUCAUGAGCACCACCAUCACCACCAUCACCAUUACCACCCUGCGUAAGCGUUCUGAAAAACUCCUGAAUAACUGACCGAGUAGCAAACUCUCAUAAGCAGUGUUAUUAUUAUUUUUUUGUAAAAACAAACAUGCAGGUGGUUCAUCUGCCAAACACACAAAGCUGGAUUAUUUCAGCAAUAAAAGGGGCUGAACCACUUUUCAAUGAUAUGAGAACUGCAC